AUGGCGAACAAUAACGACGGCGAUUCCGUCUCUUUCAAGCGCAGGCGCGGUACGAUUCUCGCGGCAUGCACGCGGAUACGCACAUUCGCGGAGUCCGUGACUUCCGUGACGCCGUCCAUCGCGGCACAGCUCGAGGAACGCCGAUCUAAGCUCGACGGUUAUUGGUCAGAAUACGAUGCCGUGCAAACGAGAUUAGAGGAGCAGGACGAAUCCGAAGCGGCACAUCGCGUCGCGUUCGAAGAUUCAUAUUACGCGUUGUCGGCGCGGAUACGCGAGAUGCUCAAUCCGACAACGGCGUCGCGCGCUGCGGCUUCACCUUCGCCAUCGUUUUCCGGUAGUGCGGCCACGCAUAAUUUUAGUCAUAUAAGGCUGCCUAAAUUAGAAUUGCCAAAGUUUUCCGGGAAAUAUGACGAAUGGUGCCCCUUCUUUGACAGCUUCAAUUCUCUCAUUCAUGUAAACGCGUCGUUAAGCGACAUUCAAAGGUUGCAAUAUCUUAGGGCUUCUCUCACCGGAGAUGCGGCUCAAAUAAUUAGCGCGCUAGAAAUUUCAAAAGCAAAUUAUGCAGUGGCGUGGUCCCUCCUCAAGGAUCGCUAUGAUAACAGAUGUGCCAUUGUUCAGAGCCACAUAAAGGCUAUUAUGGAAUUCCAUCCAUGGCAAAGGAAAAUAUUUCCGAACUGCGUCAAAUCGCAGAUGGCGCCAACAGGCACAUACAUGCCCUACGGGCGCUAA